UAUGUGGGCUAUAGAUACAUCCCCUCUUUUAACCGCCAUGUGACUCUCAACGCUCGUUCUCGUCUCUCGACUGCUCCGAGAUUUAGCUGGUUUAAGACUAAUCUUCGGAGAAUUUGUUGAGCUGCAAGCGAAUAUGAGUAGGCCAAUGGAAGAGGAUACCAACGGAAAGACGGAGGAGGAGGAGUUCAACACGGGACCCCUUUCUGUUCUGAUGAUGAGUGUCAAGAACAACACUCAGGUGCUCAUCAAUUGCCGCAACAACAGGAAACUCCUUGGUCGUGUUAGAGCUUUUGACAGGCACUGCAACAUGGUCCUGGAAAACGUCAGAGAAAUGUGGACCGAGGUACCUAAAACUGGGAAAGGAAAGAAGAAAGCUCUUCCUGUUAACAGAGAUCGCUUCAUCAGCAAGAUGUUUCUCCGUGGUGACUCUGUCAUUAUCGUCCUCAGGAACCCCAAGUGAGAGAGAGAGAGAUGUCGCUGUUUGUACUUGUUUCUUCUCGUCAAAUUCUAAUUGUUGCAUCAACGGAGAUAAUCUUUGAGUAUCAGUCUUAAAUCUAGUCUUGCCCUUGUAUUUUUCACUUGUGUUUUCCCCUAUCUCUUAUGAGUAAGAUGCAGUGGUGUUUAGUGCC